AUGCUCUCCCUUGCAGAUGUAGCCUCUUCUACGACAGAUCGCUUGCCUCUCUCCGCCUCUUCCUCUCCGAAUCUCGCACCGUCCGGCAGCAGCAGCAGCAGCAGCAGCAACAGCAGCACUACUCUACUACUUCGCCAACCUGUCCCCCGCAAUCGACCUCAUACACGGGCAAGCUCCGAGAACCCCAGACCAUCGACCAGCGACACCAUCAGGUCUGACCGAUCCGGCGGCGGCGGCGGUGGCCACGCCGAUACGUUCAGCAGUUCGACUUUGGCCCCUGGCGCUCACGGCGGUUCGAGAUAUGCCCGUAGUAAUUCCCAGCCCGUGCCGCCAAGAACACCACCCGGGAGUACGAUAUCAAACCGCAGCGCCUCAGAAACCAUCGUCGAGGAUUCGCCUCCGGGCAAAGCCAGGUAUCGAAACCUGAGGACCACUUGGAGGCACAGCUCCGGCUCAGACGCCUUCAGCAGCUUCCUUGAUAUGGACGAUGAGCUGGACGACUCAAGAUCCGCCGGAAGCCCUUCAAGUCAGACGCAGCCAAAGGAGAAACAGGAUGACACCGGCUGCACGCUUGACGAGUUGGUCGACAGGCUGCUCUCCUUGCCCUUGUCCAAACAGGAUGCAAAAUUCCCCGCCAUCUUCCUCUGUCUCUAUCGGAAAUUCGCUACUCCCUUUCAAGUCUUAACUGCCAUCAUCACACGCUUCGAGCACAUCAACUGCAGCCGAUCGCCGUUGCUCACCCGUCACGCAGACCAGCUCAGAUUCCUAAACGUCCUCGCACAAUGGGUUUCGGAGUACCCCGGAGAUUUUGCUGGAGCCAAAACCCGGAGGCUACUGAUCGAGUUCAUUGCCUCACUCGAGAAGAAUAUCGUCUUCGCCUUUGCUGCAAAGGAGAUGAAUUCCUACCUCGAAAAAUUUGUGGAAGACGAUGACUUAUGCUGGGCUUACACCGACGAGGACUCUUUACCCGAUUCUACCGACCCGUUUGUGGAUACAACCUCAAACCGCAUGUCCCAGUCCAUGGGUAACUUCAACAUCAGCGACAUGGACCUCGACCUCUCCUCGCAAAACUCCAACCUCUCCACCACUUCCAGUGCAGACAGGGCCGGCAGCAUCUCCAGCCAAUCUUUUCGAACCCUGCUUACCGUUGAAUCCGCCCAGCAGGAAGCCCAGAAACUCGAGCUUGUGCCGCGGAAUCUUCUAACAAAAACCCAGUGGCGCAUAUUCAUGGACAUCCCCGACGAAGAAUUUGCCCGGGAAGUGACCCGGAUGGACUGGAUCAUGUACAGUUCCUUCCGGCCGCGCGAACUUAUUCGACAUGUCAGCUUGUCUGGUCCGAAUAAGGGGAAAUCGUCGGCAUACCUAGAAAAUGUGAACAGGAUGAUCAAAUCGUUUAAUCACCUAGCCUUUUUUGUCGCUAGUAUGGUACUGCUUCGAGACAAGGCAAAACACCGAGCCCAGGCGCUGGAGAAGUUUAUGAAUAUAUCAUUGUUGUUCUCGGCUAAUAGGAAUUUUUCCAUAUCAAAGAAACUCCGCCAACUUAACAAUUAUAAUGCGCUAGGCGCAGUUAUUGCAGGGUUGAAUGGAACGCCGGUUUCACGGCUAUCACAGACUCGCGAACUAGUCCCUCCAACCCUACAGAAGCAAUUUAUGAGUGUAGUUAUACUCAUGAGUACUGAAAAGAGUCAUUUUGCAUAUCGACUCGCAUGGGGAAACUCCUUCAACGAAAGAAUACCGUUCCUACCCCUCCACCUUCGCGACCUGGUGUCUGCAGAGGAGGGUAAUAAAACUUUUGUCGGCGCGAACAACGACCGAAUUAAUUGGCGGAAAUUCGAGGUGAUGGGAGACGUCAUUCUCUCCAUCCAACAAAGCCAGAAAACUUCAUUUCCCACGUAUACCAAGCAUGAUAUCACCCAAUGGUUGAUCCUCGAGGCGAAAUUUGCAGGAGAUGAAGAGGAACUCUACAGCCGGAGCAUGCAAGUGGAAGCAUCCGCUAGCGGCAUCCCGGAUCCAGGACGCAAACGGUUUGUAUGGAGACGACCUUGA